GGCUGCCAGCCGGUUUGGUUGCGUGUGCUGAAGGUCAUUGGCAGCGCGCGCGGCGGCGGUUGCAGUUGUCGUUGGUGCGGCGGUUGCUGGCGGAUUUUCGUGCUCCUUCCCUCAGCACCCCCUGCUGCCCCCCACGACCUGUGCACCAUGGCAUGCGCCUCCUCGCUCUUCGCCGCGGUACCGCUCGCGUCGCCUGUUGUCGUCUUCAAGUUAACGGCUGACUUCAAAGCGGACACGCACCCUAAGAAGGUCAACUUGGGAGUAGGGGCUUAUCGUACUGAUGAAGGUCAACCCUGGGUCUUGCCUGUAGUGAGGAAGGUGGAACAGGAGAUUGCUAAUGAUAACAGUCUUAAUCAUGAAUAUGUGCCCAUUCUGGGCUUUCCAGAGUUCACUAAACUCGCUUGUGAACUAAUUCUUGGAAAGGACAGCCCUGCCAUCGCGGAAAAUAGGGUGGGUGGCGUGCAGUGUUUAGGAGGGACUGGUGCUCUUCGAAUGGGUGCUGACUUUCUGCGCCUUUGGUACAAUGGACCUAACAACACAUCCACACCUUUAUAUGUUUCUUCACCUACAUGGGCAAACCAUAAUGGAGUGUUCGGUGCUGCAGGAUUCACUGACAUACGCAACUAUCGUUACUGGGACCCAGCCAAGCGUGGCCUCCAUCUACAAGGGCUUCUGGAGGACAUGGAGAAUGCUCCAGAAUUUUCCAUUUUUGUGCUGCAUGCAUGUGCGCACAAUCCAACUGGUACGGACCCAACACCAGAGGAAUGGAAGAAGAUUGCUGAGGUCAUGAAGAAGAGGUCCCUUUUCCCAUUCUUUGAUGCAGCCUAUCAGGGCUUUGCAUCUGGUGACUUGGAUAAAGAUGCCUGGGCUGUUCGUUACUUUGUGAGCCAGGGGUUCGAGCUCUUCUGUGCACAGUCUUUUUCUAAGAAUUUUGGACUAUACAAUGAACGAAUUGGGAACCUGUGCAUUGUGGCCAAGGACACUGACAAUGUGACAAGGAUUCGCUCUCAAAUGGAGAAGAUAGCCCGGACUAUUUGGUCAAAUCCGCCAGCUCACGGGGCUCUAGUUGUAACCAGGACCCUGAGUAACCCACAGCUCUUAGCUGAAUGGAAAGGUAACGUGAAGACCAUGGCUGACCGUGUUUUACUAAUGAGAGCACAGUUGAAAGAGAAGCUGCAGAAACUGGGAACCCCAGGCACUUGGGACCAUCUCACCCAGCAAAUUGGAAUGUUCAGCUUCACAGGACUUGAUCCUUCCCAAGUUGAUUAUAUGAGAAAGAAGAAACAUAUCUAUCUCAUGGCCAGUGGCCGCAUCAACAUGUGUGGCCUAACCUCUGGCAACUUGGACUACGUGGCAGAAUCCAUUCAUGAAGCAGUGAAGAGCAGCCAGUGCCAGUAAUCUCACCCACUUGACAUUGUGACCACUGAAGCAACUUGCUUGUAGAUGUGAUUUUGUGUGUGUGUGUGUGGGGGGGCAGUGGGGUAUUUCUUUGGUCUUCUGGAUUCCCCUGACUGCCUCCCUCCUCCGUCCUCUGCCUGAUCUAAGAAGUUAAUUGGCAAAGAGAAGCCCUGGAAUUGGGAUAUAAUAAAAUCGUCAAGAGAUA